AAUAACAAUUUUUAAUUUUUUUGGUGGUUAGAUCAUCAAGGCCCCAACUGACAGUUUCUAUCGUUUGAAGUCAUCGGAUUCCGACGUUAAAUGUUUACAUAAAAAAAGGCAAAAGAAAAGAAUCACCCGCAAGUGAAGCGAAGGAGAUGAAUUGUACCGGCAAAGUGAGGGAGAUUAUGUCACCUCACAUUAAAAAGUGACAGGCGAAGAAAUAACUCCUGCCGUUACCCUGCAAGUCGAAGGUCUUACUGCAAGACUUGGCAAUGGACUGAUAAACGUAGCUUUCGACACUGACGCCACAGUCUCUUCCUUAUAUUAUAAAAAUGGCAAGGACCUAGUCGAAAAAGUAGGUCUUCAUAGAUCCUUUUACAUUGACUGGAAUAAUGGAAAGACUUAUCAUUUUGCCCCUUCUCGCCUGGAAGUGGUCAGCAAAUCCGUUCAGAGUGUCCACAUUAUGUACGUACAAGACGAUUUAGCAUUUAUCAAAAUUGAAUCUCACAUCAUAAUGCAGCAAGAACUCAGUGGAAUUUACAUUUAUGUAAAAGCCAUAAAUACUGGUAGGAACCCCAUAUCUUACGGCCUAAUUCGUAUCGUCUAUCGGUUCAAUCCAAAAGUUACACACAAGGCCACUAAUAGAGUGCAAGAAGGUAUUCUACCCCUCGAUAGCGAAUUGAGCAUAUCACCAGUAAUUCAGGAUACAACAUGGAGACUUAAAGAUGGUACUAUUUAUUCCAAGUACGACUAUGCAGGCUACAUUAGAAAUACACAUUACCAAGGAGUGUUUGGAAAUGGGUACGGUGAAUGGCUGUUAUCCGCUAGUCGUGAAUAUCACUCUGGCAGUCCUUUAAAACAAGACCUUCUGGUUCAUCACGAUGCUCUGAUUUUAAAUUGUAUGACUGCAGGUCAUUUUGGUACACCACAUCUGACCACACCUCCCGGAUGGUCAAAAUUAUAUAGUCCUUGGCUGCUUUAUUUCAAUGAGGGAUCCGAGGAAGAACUCAAGGAAGAUGCAGUUCGUCAGUCUAAAGUUGAACAAUCACGCUGGCCUUAUAAGUGGAUGGAUGACAUGGAUUAUCCACUCAAACAUGGUUCACUAGCUGGUCAAAUUACUGGGCCUCCACGAAGCAUGGUUGUACUUUCCUCUUCUUUGACGGAACUGUUUGAUCUACAGGCUCUUGGAUAUUCGUACUCCACUGAAACGGACGAAAAUGGGGAUUUUCAACUGGAACGUAUCAGGCCUAGAACAUAGAAGUUAACAGCAUAUCACAUAGCAGGUUUUGAAAUUGGUGUCCUAUCGGAGCAAUUAAUCAAUAUCACUGAAGGAAGAAAUAAAGUAGCCUUGGAGUUAUCAGUACCAACGGAAGUGAAGUGGUCAAUUGGUGAAACGAACAGACGAUCAAAUUCAUAUCGUUACAGUAAUGAAUCACGUCAUUAUAUUUGGCACACAUUAACACCAGCGGACUUGGAAUUCGAAACUGGCAACAGUAGUAUUCAUAAUAACUGGUAUUAUGCACAAACUAAAAAGGGAAAUUGGAAUAUAAAAUAUAAUGAUGCUCCUGAUGGAAAAAACAGAACUUUACGAAUCGGAAUUGCAGCAGCGAGCAACAAUUCUCUAAGGCGUCCCAUUUUGGUAGUCAGCAUUAAUGGCCGUGCAAUUCAGGAAUUUCAUUAUGGAAAUGAUCAAUCUAUUUAUCGGAGUGCAUCUCAAAGUGGAAAUUUUUAUGCUGCAAUAGUAACCAUACCAACGAAUCUGGUUGUCGAAGGGUAUAAUAUUAUAGGUUUAGGGCUUCGUCAUGGAUCUGUUACGUAUGAUAAUUUAAAUCUCUCAGUCGAAUAAGAUUUGAAAUAAUAUGUAACGGUACUAAGAAUAUCAGUAAGUCAGUUAAUAAAUAUAAUUUCCAUUCAAUAUUUCAGCAAAUUAUCGCUAAUAUAGUCGGUCUUACUGUUAAUAUAAAGUCAAAUA